AUGGCUGCAGCUUCAAAGUCAUUUUCAGGUCUUCUUGUCCAUUUCAUCUUUGUAGUAUUAUUUGUGUUCAGCCCUGUGAAUGCCCAACUGAAAGUAGGGUUUUACUCCAAGACAUGCCCGCAAGCUGAGGCCAUAGUUAAGGAGGUUAUCGAUGGAGUCCUCUCCGUAGCUCCUUCCCUUGCUGGCCCCUUGUUGAGGAUGCAUUUUCAUGAUUGCUUCGUUAGGGGCUGUGAUGGGUCAGUGCUGUUAAACUCUAGCUCUCAUCAAGCUGAAAAAGAUGCAUUCCCAAAUUUAACCCUUCGAGGAUACCAGGUUAUCGACAGAGUCAAGUCUGCAUUAGAAAAGGCUUGUCCCGGAGUAGUUUCAUGUGCAGACAUCGUGGCUAUUGUAGCUAGGGAUGUCACCGUUGCGUCCAAGGGUCUACGCUGGGAAGUUGAAACUGGAAGAAGAGAUGGAACGGUUUCCAACUUAACAGAAACCUUCACCAACUUGAUAGCUCCUGAUUCAAACAUUACUACGAUAAUAGCAAGAUUUCAAGCUAAGUGCCUGAGCGUAAAAGAUGCAGUGGUGCUAUUAGGUUCUCACACCAUUGGUACUUCUCACUGCUCGUCAUUCAAUUCCCGGCUUUACAACUUCACCGGAAAGGGAAUCAAUAAUGACUCUGAUCCCACAUUGGAUUCAGCAUAUGCAAAAGCGCUGAAGAUAAAAUGCAAGCCAGGAGAUCAAAAUUCACUGGUCGAAAUGGAUCCCGGGAGCUUCAGGACAUUUGAUGCAGACUAUUAUACACUUGUGAGUAAAAGAAGGGGCCUAUUCCAGUCUGAUGCAGCUCUCCUUGACAACAGUUUCACAAAAGCUUAUGUUGAGCUUCAGGCGGCCACCAAGGGAUCCACUUUCUUGAAAGACUUUGGUGUGUCCAUGGUCAAAAUGGGCAGGGUCGGAGUUCUAACAGGUACAGCAGGUGAAAUCAGGAAAGUAUGCAGCAAGGUUAACUAG